UGUUUGUUUCUUGUCGUUAAAUAAUUAACGCUUCGCCUCCCGCGGGAAGGUUUGUCCCCCCGCAGUCUCCGUAGCUGUAGUAGCAACAUGGCGUCGGACAGCGACGGCGACGAGGACUUCGUGUCUUACGGGACUCCUCUGGAGCCUCUGGAGGAAGACGAGCCGAGGAAGAAGCCCGUCCCGCUCCACGAGCAGACGGUGAAAGAUGAGAAGGGACGAUUCCAGAGGUUCCACGGAGCGUUCACCGGAGGAUUCUCAGCCGGUUACUACAACACGGUCGGCUCCAAAGAAGGCUGGGCGCCGGCGACCUUUGUGUCGUCGCGGCAACAGAAAGCGGAGAAACAACUCGCCAGGCCCGAGGACUUUAUGGACGAUGAGGACCUUGGCGAGCACGGCAUCGCUCCCGCUCAGAUCACCACCAGUCAGGAGUUCUCGUCCAGCCGCCGCGACGAGGCCCGAGAGAAGGCGAGAGCUGUCAACGCUCAGGCCGCUUUGAUCCCCGGAGACACUCUGCUGGAGGAGCUGAUCGCACCCGCCAGGUCGUCCAUCGGGGUGGAGCUGCUGAGGAAGAUGGGGUGGAAGGAGGGUCAGGGCGUCGGGCCGCGCGUGAAGAGGAAAGCUCGUCGACAGCAGACGGGUGUUGGAGCCAGAGUUUACAGCUCUACGAUGCCCCCCGCUGGUUCGGAGGACUCAGAGGACGACGACGACGACGACGACUUUGCCCCAGAGGACGUGACCUUCGCCCCGAAGGACGUGACCCCUGUGGACUUCAGUCCCAGGUCUGGAGUUCGUGGUCUGGGUUAUCGCGGUCUGGACCCAGGCAUGGCGCUGCUGGGCCGAGCGGCGCCCGAACACAUCGACCUGUUCAAGCCUCAGUCCGAGACGAGGAGUCGUCUCUUCGGAGCCGCUCAGCGGGGCUCGCGCAGAGGAGGCGGAGUCGCUGGACAGGCGUUCGGUGUGGGCGCCCUGGAGGACGAGGACGAGGACGUUUACCACAAAGACUCCAUGUCCCGGUACGACACGGAGCUCGGAGGAGAGGAGCCCGGAGACGGACUGUACGGCUGGACGGCUCCGCAGCAGUACACCAAGAGAAGAGACAAAAGCAAAGACGCGUCAUACCUCGGUAAGAUCCUGGAGGGAUUCACUCUGACCCAAAGAGCAGGCGAGGAGAAAACGAUCUUCCCUCCCCCGACGCUACCCCGCGACUACAGACCGGUCCAUCGUUUCCAUCUGACGUCCGUCAGUGUCUCUCGUCUGUCCGGGGUCAGUCCCGCUCUGGCCGAGGCCCUGAGGACGUCCAGGGGCCACAUGGUCAAAGAGGAUCCCCAACAAGGGGGACGGCACCAGCUGGACUCGGGCCAGAGGAGGGCGCUGCUGGGAGAGGACGUCCUGCAAGGUCCCAGUUCAGUGAUGGAGCUGCUGAAGCCUGAAGACCGGGAUCGACUCCUCAACCUCCGCAACUCCUCCAACGCCACAGACUCACGCCACGCCACGAGCUCCGGUGGGUCGACGGCGGGAUCGACUGCAGGGACCAUGGCGGGGUCGAUGGCGGAGAACGCGGCGAGGUCUUCAGCGGUGUCGUUGGCGGUGACGUCAGCGGUGGCGAUGGCGAGGUCGAUGGCGGGAUCGAUGGCGGGGUCUUCGUCGGUGUCGUCAGCUCUGAGCGGCGCCGCCUCCUCCUCCGGCCUCCAUCAGCAGCAGCAGGAGGCUCUGGCGUCGUGGCGAGGCGUCCAGUCGUCCACACAGAGCUUCAAACCGUUUGAGAAGAACCCCAGCAAACAGGCUCGAUACGAACUCUACCUGGACCACCUGCGACAGGGAGACAGAGACGCCGUGGAGCAGAGUCUGGACUCGGGGAUGACGGAGUGGGAGCGCAGCAGGGAGCGGGAGGAGUUCGUCCGAGCCUCCAUCUUGUACAGACCCUCCUCCUCCUCGCUCACCGCUCGCUUCACCAGCGCCAAACACGACGAGGACGACGGCGACACGGUGGAGGUCAGCCGCGACCAGGAGGGCGACGUGGACGACAAACAGGCCGCCGUCAAGAUGAAGAUGUUUGGAAAACUGACCCGAGAAACGUUCGAGUGGCAUCCGGACAAGCUGCUCUGCAAGAGGUUCAACGUGCCCGACCCGUUCCCCGGCUCGGGUCUGGUGGGUAUGCCGAAGGUGAAGAGAGACAAGUUUUCCGUCUUCAACUUCCUGACGGUGACGGAGAGCAGAGAGACGACAGCUCCUCCGAAGCCUCCAGAGACCGGGAAGAGGUCGAGGUGGGACAUCUCGGACCAGAAGAAGAAGAUCAAGGAGGAAGAGGAGGGCGACGCCUCUUUACCUGCCUGCAGCAGCAGCGAGCAGCAGACUGCCGACGGGACGAAGUCGGUGGAUCAGAAGAGCUCGGACAAGAAGAGCAACGGCGACGAAGAGGAGGAAGAGGAUGAAGAGGAGAGCAGGCCUCCGAUGGAUCUGUUCAAAGCCAUCUUCGCCAGCUCCUCUGACGAGAAGUCGUCUUCAUCGGAGGGAGAGAGUGAAGAGGAGGAGAAGACGAAGGAGGAUGAGGGGAAAGUGGAGCCUCAGGCUCUGAACCUCUUCAACAUCUCCUCUUCCGUCACGUCCUCCUCCACCUCAGUUACCGUCUCCACCUGCGCCAACCAGCAGACAGUGAAAGCGCCGGUUUCGAGUCGGACGUCGUCUCAGGAGGAGUUUGGUCCGAAGCUGCCGCCUCCUUCAGCUGCUCUCGGUGAGUGCUCCACCUCCCGCCCCCCCCCCAGUGAGGAGAGACCCGACAACAAGAGGAGCAGAGAGAAAAAACACAAGAACAAGAAGCAGCACAAACACAAGAAGGACAAGAAGAAGAAGAAACACAAGAAGCACAAACACAAAGCGAAGCAGCAGAAGAAGAGUAAGACGGAGGCGUCGGACAGCAGCGAGGACGAGGAGGACGGACACGUGUCCACAGAGGAGCUGCUCAAGAGACUGAAGAGCGUCCAGUCACGUGAGACCUGGUGAAGCUUCAGGACGUUUGUCCUCCGUGAGGACGACCUGCUGCCGUCUCAUCUGCUCUCACCUCAUUUUAUUCCUGUUUAUAAAAAAUAAUAAAAUCAUGUGCGGAUGUA